AUGACCUCCAUCCGCCGCAUGACCCCAACAGAUCUUUUCUCCCUCAACCUCACAAACCUCGACCCCCUCACAGAAAACUAUGAUCUCGGUUUCUACCUCAACUACCUCAUGCGGUGGCCGUCGCUCUUCAGCGUCGUCCAAGACCGCGGGGAAGGCAUCGCCGGAUACAUCAUGGGUAAACUAGAAGAACAACACCCCUCAAUGCGCCACUCGGAGCACUACACCCCCUGGCACGGGCAUAUCACCGUUCUUACUGUCGCGCCUGCAUGGCGUAGACUCGGUUUCGCGCGACGACUCACGGAACGACUGGAGCGGGGGUCAGAUAUUAAUAACGCUUGGUUUGUGGAUUUGUAUGUUAGGGCGGGGAAUAAGGUCGCGGUGGAUAUGUAUAAGGGGAUGGGAUAUUCUGUCUUCCGUCGCGUGGUUAAUUACUACAGUGACGAUCCAAGCGGGAUGUCUGAGACGGGUGAGGAUGCGUAUGAUAUGCGGAAACCGUGCAGCCGUGAUAAGAAGCUCGAGCAUGUUCGAGAAAAUGGGGAGGAUUUCCCAGUUGGGCCGGAGGAUGUGCUCUAG